AUGGUUGAGACGUGGGUGGCCGGGUCCGAGCUGCGGACAGUUGCCUCUGGCCGAGAUUCACAGAAUGACUCGGAGCCAAAAAAAAAAAGGGCCGCCAAGUUCCAGUUCUCACCUCUCCACGAGCUGGUGUGGGAGUGCACCAAAAAAUGGCAGCCGGACAAGCUGGUGGUGGUGUGGACCCGGCGGAACCGACGCAUCUGCUCCAAGGCCCACAGCUGGCAGCCAGGCAUCCAGAAUCCAUACCGGGGCACCGUGGUGUGGAUGGUUCCUGAGAACGUGGACAUCUCCGUGACCCUCUACAGGGACCCCCACGUGGACCAGUAUGAGGCCAAAGAGUGGACGUUUGUCAUUGAGAACGAGUCCAAGGGGCAGCGGAAGGUGCUGGCCACGGCUGAUGUGGACCUGGCCCGCCAUGCGGGGCCGGUGCCCGCCCAGGUUCCCCUGCGUUUGCGGCUGAAGCCCAAGUCGGUGAAGGUGGUACAAGCUGAGCUGAGCCUCACUCUCUCGGGGGUGCUGCUGCGGGAGGGCCGUGCCACGGACGACGACAUGCAAAGCCUUGCAAGCCUCAUGAGCGUGAAGCCUAGUGACGUGGGCAACUUGGACGACUUUGCUGAGAGUGACGAGGAUGAGGCCAGCGGCCCAGGGGCCCCCGAGGCCCGGGCUCGCGUCCCCCAGCCAGAUCCCUCUCGGGAGCUGAAGACACUUUGUGAGGAGGAGGAGGACCAAGUACAACCCCGGCAGGCAGCUGCCAGUCCUCCUGGUGCUGAGGAUACCAGCCCCGCCCCUGUGAGUGUCCCUGCGCCCCCGGCCAGGGCCUGCCGGGGCCAGGGAUCAGAACCAGCUGCUGGAGCAGGGGGCCAGGCACCACCCACCCUGGUCAGCUCCAGCCAGUCCCUGCUGGAGUGGUGUCAGGAGGUCACCUCAGGCUAUCGUGGCGUCCGCAUCACCAACUUCACCACAUCUUGGCGCAACGGCUUGGCCUUCUGUGCCAUCCUGCACCGAUUCUACCCGGACAAGAUUGACUAUGCCUCGCUGGAUCCACUCAACAUCAAACAGAACAACAAGCAGGCGCAUGGCUCCUUCUCCCACGUGCGCGACGCCGACCUGCUCAAGAAGAGGCGCUCGCGGCUGAGAAACAGCAGCUCCUUCUCGGUGGACGACCCUGACGCGGGAGCCGCGGCCGCGGCAGCCCUGGGUCAACCAGCAGCUAGCCUGCGCUGGCAGCUGGGUGGGAGUCCCCCCGCCGAGGAGCCGCCCCCAAGCCCAGGGGAGGAGGCUGGGCUGCAACGGUUCCAGGACACAAGUCAGUAUGUGUGUGCCGAGCUGCAGGCCCUGGAGCAGGAACAGCGGCAGAUAGACGGGCGGGCGGCCGAGGUGGAGACCCAGCUGAGAGGCCUCAUGGAGUCAGGUGCCAACAAACUGCAGGAGGAGGUUCUGAUCCAGGAGUGGUUCACCCUGGUCAACAAGAAGAAUGCUCUCAUACGGAGGCAGGACCAGCUUCAGCUUCUGUGA